CAACCCCUCAGACCCUCCGCCGUGGCUACGCUUCACCACCUUGUCCCCCUCCGGCUGUCCACCUCUGCCGCUGCCAUUCACAACCCUUCCGAUCCCUCUGCCAUCCUAACCUCAUACCAGAAAUCACGGGCAGCGCUCUCCCUUCUUCGCUCCUCUCUGGCCCUCUCCUCUGACCACAUUCUCUCCAUUUGCCGUGCUGCCGCCCUUUCUCCGACCACCCAUAUCGAUCGCCUGGCUCUCUCUGUCGCUGUCUCAUCCCUCUCAAAGAAACCAGAAUCCGCGCCCACCCUUCGUUCCCUUAUCGAUGGCCUCCCCAAAUCCCCUCGCUCUCUAGCCCAUGCUAUCGUCCUCUACGGCCAAGGAGAACUCCUCGACGAUGCCCUCCAUGUGUUCACAUCCAUCCCAUCCCGCACUGUUCGCCACCUCAACUCCCUCCUCUUCGCCUGCAUCCUCGCCGGCAACCACCCGGAAGCCUCCCGUAUCUUCCGGGACUUCCCCGUUCAGUACAACAUCACGCCCAAUCUUGAAACCUAUAACACCAUUAUCAAGUCGUUCUGUGAAUCAGGCUACUCUCGCUCUGUCUUCUCACUGCUCGACGAAAUGCUCCGGAAGAAGAUCAAGCCCAAUCUCACCACUUUCACCCACUGGCUCUCCGGCCUGUACAAAGACCAGCGCUUUGAUGAUGUUCCUAAGGUACUGCAGCUGAUGAAGAAGAAUGAUUCCCAUCCAGGAGUGCUGAGCAUAUACAAUGUCAGGAUUCAUGGGCUUUGUAAGCUGGGGAAGGCGGCCGAGGCAAAGGAAUUGUUUAAGCAGAUGAUUCGAAAUGGGAUGAAGCCAAAUUGGGUGACUUUUGGACACAUGAUAUAUGGUUUUGCAAAGGAGGGGGAUUUGGAGGAAUCCAAGAAGCUCUACAAAGAAAUGAUAAGCCAGGGGUGCACCCCUGAUAGCAGCUGUUAUUUCACAUUGAUGCAUUAUCUUUCUUUGGGAGAGGAUUUUGAUGCGGCAUUGGACAUGUGUAAGGAGAGUAUGAAGAGGGAUUGGUUUCCAUGAUUCAAGACGAUGAAGAUGCUUGUGGAUGGGCUUGUGAGCAAAUCUAAGGUGGAGGAGGCAAGGGAGAUUAUGGAGAAAGUGAAGGAGAAGUUCUCAAGCAAAGCUGACAUGUGGAAGGAGGUGGAAGAAGGUUUGCCAC